CUCGCAUUUAACAACACAAGAAACCACAAACGUAUUUACGGAGUUUAAAGUGAACAGUGAGAGUUUUAAAGGAAAAGAAAGCAACCUGUGAAGAGUCCAGGGAUGAAGUUCCCUGUGGAUCUCCUGGCUGGUGUCAGCCAAUCAGAGAUGGAGCGGUUGGCCAACGCCUACAUGAACAGCCUCCUCUUCAGCGACCCCGACUGUGCUGAUCAGCUCCGAGUCUCCGACUCCUCCCAGGUCACCAUAGACGUUUCCAGUGUGGGCUUCGCCCCUCUGUAUGGGUCCAGUGAUAAGGAGCGUGUCCUGGCUCUCUUCUCUCCCUCUGACCCCAUCACUGCUGUGGCUCUGUUCCUGCUGGACAGGUGGUGGACGGUGGACGACCUCCUCAAGACAGCAGACCCUGAUCGAGAUGGAGCUAUGAAGGUGGAGACGGUAGGAGAGAGGAUAGUUUUAUACAUCCUCAAUCGUGUCGUAUACAGAGCCAAGGAGAUGAGCUCUGAAGAGCUCCCCUUUCUCUGCCAUGGAGAGAAAGAUCAUGCAAAGAUCCUCUGGAGAAAUGGAGAGGCUGUCGGCUUCUACUCAGUCAAACCACAAGGUACCUAUUCUAGUCCCUAUUCAACCAGAGGCUAUCAGCUCUCGGUCAUGGACUCCAUAUUUGUUAGAAAGAGUCAGCGUGGGCAAGGCUUUGGCCUCCAGAUGCUGGAAGACUUCGUGCUCAAUUCCAAAGAGGACUGUCUGGGUUUGCGAUACCCGCUCACCAAACCCAUGUAUAAAGUGUGUGAGAAGUACCUGUGCCAGUACCCAGGAGACACACAUCUGCUGUGGGAGGUGGAGAGCAUCGGGGCCCCCAACCAGAGGACCAACAUCUCGAGCAAGAUCCAGGCCAUGGGUCAAAUUGCAGUAUCCAAGAGUCUGACGUUCACAGAGGAAUCCCUGGUGUUCACUGAAGUGACUGAAAAGGAUGUGGUGAUGGAGGCAAUCAGCACUCAGAUAAAAGAAGCUGAAUCUAUGGAAUGCACGGUUGAAAUUGUGGAGGAAGUGACCGUGCUGAGCGCUACCAAAGUUUCAGAGGCGGAGGUGCCCCUUACAGCCCGGGGAAGAAGCAGUGGUUCAAAGCGAAGGAAGAUGGCUGAAAAGAAUGCAGAGGACAAGAUAGACAAAAGAAUCAGAAUUGAAGAUAUUGAAGCAGAAACCCCCAGAGAGGAGCACGUUGCUGAGUCGCUGCAGACUGAGGGCGUGAUCAUUGUUGCUCCUGAAGGACAGGAUGUAGUUGGUACUGAAGCAACUAUAUUGGACCAACCAGAAGAAGACGAUGUGACAUCAGCCCCGGGCUCUGAUGAGCCACAAGACGGAGACGAUGCCCCCCAGGAUCUGAAUAGCCGCUCUUGUGACUCACAGAUAGCUGUUGAGAAUGUGGCGUCGGGAAACGAGGAAGACUCUGCAGUGCUGCCGGUCUCUGAAGACAUUAUGGAGGUUCCCAAGGAAGCAGAAACUCUGCACAGCGUGGAACAGGCAGAACUAGUUGAGCAGCAGGAGGUCCGUCUAUCAACACAAGCAGCAGCAGACAACGGUGAAGCUGAAGAAACAAGAGGAACCGUUGUAAAGGUCAACAAAACUGCACAGACUAAAACCCCCAGACGCAAAUCUACACGGCACAACAAGCAGCAGGAGGAGGCGAAGAAGGGACCUACAGCCCAGGAUGGACGGAUCACUCUGAGAGGGAGAACUGUAGUGAGCACACCCAAAACUACACGGAAAUAUACACGACGCAGUCAGAGAGUACGUGAGGAGGUUGAGGGAGUUUCUACACCUGAAGCUGUUACUGAGGGAGAAGAACAGGAGGAAAAGAUCUCUGUAAAAGAGGAUGUGGUUGAGGUGGAAGAACUGGCCGAAGACAAGCUGGAAGAAAAUGAAGAGGAGAGAGAGAAACAGCAGGAAGAACCAGCAGUGGAGGCAAGCUCCACUGAGCCUACAGCAGAGACCACACCAACACAGGAUCAUGAGGAUGAAAAAGUGACAGAUGACUGUGAGAAACAACAAAAGGGUGAGGAGAUGACUCAAGAUAAACCAAAUGUCUCUGAGGACGAGGCAGAGGAGCCUCCUGUUGUACAGAAAAGAGCUCUAAGAGGCAGAAAUAAAGUUGCUACCAAACCAAGCCAAGAUCUUCCAAAGCAGGAGGAAGGGGAACAGAAAGUAGAAGAACUAGCAGCAGACCAACCCAUGGAGGAACACCAGCAGGUAGAAGAAGAGGAGAAAGCAGACAAAUCAGAAGGAGGGAUAUCAUCCGAGGAACAAAUUGUAGAAGAAGAAGCUGUUCCAAAGGCAGAGGAAGUCGCUCCUUCUACUGAGGUGAACCUGGAGGAGGGCAAAGAAGCUCAGGUAGAGGAAGAGACUACAGAACCAGAGGAACAGGCGGUCUGUGACACUGGUGUGGCAGAGGACGUGACUCAAGAGCCUGACACAGCUGCUGCUCCAGAGACACCUGAUGAGGUUCCUAGUGAGACAGGAGAGCCUCAGGAGAAGGACAUCAGCUCUGAAAUCCCCAAGCUCCAGAAAGCCACUGUGAUCCUGGUGGACAUCAAAACAGCAUGCCAUCAUCUUAGUGCCAGGGAGGUGGAUGAAGCAGUGGAUGGAGAGACUGCUGCUCCAGAAGAUCAACACAAAGAGGUGGGUGGAGGGAAGCAUGAAAACAUUUCAGACGAAUCUGCGAAGACUGAGGAGAAGCACAAGAUUGAAGAAGAAAAUUCUGAAAAAGCAAAAGAAAAGGAAUCUGCCAUUGUGGCAGAGGAAGAAAUGGUUAUUGAAACAGGAGAAGAAAAGUCAGCAGAGGAAGAAAUGGUUAUUGAAACAGGAGAAGAAAAGUCAGCAGAGGAAGGCAACCAGCAGGAGGAGGAAGACACCAUGGGUGAGGAUAUUGGCGAGCAGAGGGCAGAGAAAGCAGAGAAAGACCCCGCUGAGGAGGAGCAGGGUGAGGCGGAAUCUGAGGCAAAGGAAGCAGUCGCAGCUCCAGUGGAGUCUGCAGAUACAGACAUCCCAGCAGGACACCAUGCUGAAGAGAGUAUUCCACCAGCGGAGGAAAGAGAGGCAAUGAGCCUGGGAGAGGAAGAAGGACCAGUUGUAGAAACCAGAGCUCUGAGAAACAAAACUAAAACAAGCGCAGCUACACCAACACGCAAAACCAGACGCGGGAAGGAAGUGGAUGCAGAAAACAGUGAAGAAGAAGAAGACGAAGAAGAAGAAGUGACCACACGAACACUGAGACAUGGGAGGAAAGCCGUCUCUUACACGCCGAAGGGCAAGUCUAAAAGAAGCCGUAAGCAAGUCCAGGAAGAAGAGGAGAGUGUGGAGGAAACAGGAAUAGAGGAAGAAGAGGCUGAAGAAGAGGUUGAGGACAAAGCUCCCUCUGAAAGAGAGGAAUGUUUGGAGCCAAAGGAAGGUGUCGAGGAGGCAGCUGCAGAAAAGAGCACUGAUGGAAAUAAAGAAGAAGAAGCAGGGCUGGGGUCAACCGAGGAGCCACCAACUGAAGAGGUCAAGGAGAAAGCCCCAGAGGAGGAUAAGAUCGAGCUGGAGAACAAAGAACUUGGGACCUUAGAAGUGGCCAAAGAAGCCCCAGAAGCUGCUGCUGAGGAUCAUUCAGUAGAGCCUGACCUUGUUGCUGACAGGGCUGUACUCCUAGCUAGAGAAGAAGAGGCAACACCUUCAGUGGAGGAGCAACAAAGUGAGGAAACUGCCCCCCAGCUUCCUGAUCUCAAAGACACGCUGGAAAAUGACGCCCAGGAAGCAAAAUCAGCAGCAGAGGAUGGACUUCUUGUCCAAGACACUGCUUCUGAGGCAGAAGAGGAGUCCAGGGAAGAAGCAACGGCUCAGGAGAAUGUUCCACAGCCAGAGGUGGUGAAGGUGGAAGAGGAGAAACAGGAAGCAGCGACAGCACGAGCUGCAGAUGAGAAGGAGACAGAGGGUGUAGAAGAGGCUGAAAAUACUAAUGAGCAGGAAGCCACAGUCAUGGAAACCAGAACAAGGAGAAGUAGUAGGAAGCAAGCAGUUGAAGCCACGCCAAGAACCCGUGCAGCGAGAAGCAGACAGAAAAAGGGCGAUGGAGAAAAGGAGGCAGCUUCAGAAAUCCAGGAGGAGGAACCGGCCAUUCAGGUCAGGGAUCUGAGGAGAGGAAGGAAGAGUAUCCCUGAUGCACAGACAACCAAAACAAGCCACAAGCAACCUCAGGGUGAAGAAAAGGAAGAGGGGGGAGAGGAACACAAAGCGGUAGAUGUGAGGAGAAGAGAAGAGGCGAAAGGGGCAGAGGAAAAGGUAGGAGAGGAAGAGGUUGCAGAGGUAGACACAGAGAAGGAGGUGGGAGAUGUAGAAGGAGAGGAAGAAGAAAAGGGGGAAGAGGUUUCUGCAGCAGAAGAUGGAGAGGCACAGGUGGUUGAUCAGGAGCAGGGGGAGGGAGGAGAAAAAACUGAACAAGAGGAUGGAGAAGCAAAACAUGGCCCAGAGGAAGAUGUCGUAGCUGCAGAGGAAGAACAGGCAGGCGAGGACACAGAGGCUUUGGCUGGACCACAGGCUGCAGAGGGAGCAGUCCCAACACCAGAGACUGUGGGGGAGGAUCAGCCAACCUCCACACCUGAAGGAGCAAAGGAAGAAAACUCCCCACCUGACGAAACUGAAGCAGAGGAAGCUGCAGCUCGGGAAGAAGAACCUACAGAGGCAGGAGCUGAUAUGGAGAAAGAAGCUGUGGCAGAAGAAUCCCUGACAGAGCAAGAGACGGGGGGAGAGGAGACAGCUGAAGACACACCUGCUGCAGAAAAGCAGGAUGACAAGGAAGAAGAAGAGGUAGCUGGAGGCGAAAUUGCAGAAGGACCCCCAGUAGCAAUAAGAGUUCUGAGAAGUGGGCGGAAGUCUGCUGCAGCGAGACGUUCCUCCAAGAAAGCACGCACGCAGGGUCAGACAGAGGGAGAAGCCCCUGAAGAGGCAGAAGCAGAGGAAACGGAAGCUGGAGACACAGAGGUUAGCACAGAAGAGAAGACCAAGGAAGGGGAAGCUGCAGCUCAGGAAGAACCUGCAGAGGCUGAGAAGGAAAAAGAAGAACCUGUGGCAGAGCAAGAGACUGUGGGAGAGGAGUGUGCUCCUGUUGAAGAAACAGCUGAGGACACACCUAAUGCUGAAGAACAAGAUGGAGAGGAAGAGGUAGCUGGAGGAGGAAUCGCAGAAGAAGAAGAAGAACCAGUCACAAAAACAAGUGUUCUGAGAAAGGGAAGGAAGUCUGCUGCUGCAGCACUUAGCCGUACAUUCAAUAGAGCCCGGAAACAGAAAGACGAAGAAGCUUCUGCCCCUGAAGACACCGAAGGAGAGGAAGAAGAGGCAAAGCAGGAGGCCCCAGAGGAAGUAAAGGAAAAAGGAGGGAGUGUUGAAACAGAGAAAAAGAAAGAUGUGGAAGAGGAAGAAGAGGCAGAGCAGGCUAAGGAGGAAGCAGCAUUGCUUGAAGAGGACAGUGUGGAGGCUGCGGAAGAGGAGACAAACACAGCUGAGGAAGAGGAGAGCACAGUCAUCGAAGGAUCCGCUGCUGCUGCAGAGGAGGAGGAGGAUUCUGUGGAGGAAGAGAAAGAAACUCCAGCUGCAGAAAGAGCCCUCAGGAGCAAAGUGAAAACCCCUCCCUCAGCCUCUCCUAAAUCCAAAAGACAGAAAGACCAAGAGCUAGAAGACACCCCGCGGAGAUCCGUUCGGAAGAAGCCAAGAGUGGACUACAGUGAGAACGAUGAGGGGGGAGAGCUAGGGGAGAACAACCCAGAGCGGAAGGAUCAGACCGAACCAGAGGAGGGCAGAGACAAGAUCCAUCUGGUAUUGGAUUCAGAAGAAGAGGAAAGUGAGGAGGAAGAGAAGGAGCCUGUAGAGACUGGAAAGAGAGUUCUGAGAGGGAGGUCUGUCCCUUCAGUCGUCAUCACAUCCCCGUAUCGAUCCAGACCCUGCAGUGCUAAAGUGGAGAGGGCAGAGGUGCAUCUGACACGCUCGGCUCAGAAGAGAAGGAACACUGAAGCUACACCGUCUCGCAAAUCCAAGCGACUCAGCAGAAUUUAAGGAGGAUUCCCAGUGUGACACACACACACACACACACACACACACACACACACACACACACACACACACACACACACACACACACACACACACACACACAGAACAGGGUAAAUAAAUAAAACACACUCUCAUACUGUACUGAAGCGUCUGCAGUGCGCAGGCUGACACUGUAUGUUUUCAUCUUGAUUUAAAGCCAUGGUGUUAUAGAGUGGUGCAAAAGUGGAAAUUACAUAGCAUUUUAGCAGCUCCGUGAGUUCAGUCAACUCUUAAUACAACUACAGUUUGUGGUUAGAGGCCUGAAAUAAGUUCCGUGGUUAUUACAAGCUUACAACAACUUCAUGUGUUGUACAACAUAAAAUACGUCAGUAAACGCCGCACUGCUGAAAGUCCAAAUGCUAAGAAUUGUCUUAAAGUGCAACUGAAAUGAAUUUUCAUCUAUCAUUCAAAUGAAAUUUUGACUUUUUCUUAAACCAUCAAUCCAACUUGAACUAAAUUUUCCGGGCAUAACUUGUUAAAACGGCCAUUUAAAAGUGUGAAUUAUGUGGCCUUGGGUGCGAAAUUGGCCAUGUGACCGUGACGUCAUAGGGUUGACUCCCUUAUUUGCUGGUAUGGCUGGCUGCGAAAACAACAUACAUUUGAUGGACCUAUAUCUCAUCAAGGAACCAAAAUUCUGAUACAAACAUCAGCAGGUCGAAAGAACACACCUCUAACAUUAUGUGGAAAAACUUUCGUUGAAUUUAAGCCACACAAAUCGAUUUAAUAUCUAUAUUGUAGAGGCUCUCUGCACCUCCCGUAGGCUAUGGGUAGGCUAAUGGAAAUGAAAGAAAGUUACCAUUUUCGGCACAGGAUCGGCGGGCACAAAACAGCCAUCGCUUCUACUACACGCUUAUUAUUAUUAAGAUGUUAUCAAUCAAAUGACACAAUAGUGUAUGUUUGCUGUGGUAAACUGGAAAAGAUUUGAACAUGCCGGUUUCGCAGGUAUGGCAUUCUGCUGCGCUGUCUUUGACACGUUGAAACCUAACGAAGUGGCACUUUGAAAUCCAGCCACUUAAAAAAAACUUGUGUGAUAAUAAAUGUAAGCUUAAUAAACAAUGGCGUUAUCCCCAUUAUUAUGCCGAAAUGUAUCGAUCAACCAGCUACAUCUACCUUAGUUCAUUUUGUUUAUGGCAACGGUUGACAAGGAAGAUGCUUUGCUUUGACGCAGGCUCAAGGGUAUUUUCUCAGAAGCGAACAGUAAGCGAACACUAUUAUAUGUAUAUUAAAAAAACAAGUCCAGUAAUGUCAGAUCUGGAAAUUUCCGAAAUAAGUGAAAGGAGCGAGACAGAUAGUUCUAGUAGGCCUACAGAUACAGAUGGUGAGUCUGUGGAGUCGGACUAUGUUGGUGCCUACCAGGAUGAGCCGUUAGCCCUACCGGGCGAAAACGGAAAACAGUUCCAGUAUUUUUUUGUUUCGGAAACAUGUGCAGAGAGAUGCCUUCAGUGAAGCUGCUAUUUUUGCAACUAACACCAUUUGGCCCUCCAGCAACACAAUAUUUUCCACUGUGCUUUGAUGUCUUAGCCAUAGACGCCGCCAUUACAGUUAGACUACUAGAACUUCUGUGUCAACCCUAUGACGUCACGCAUAAAAAAAUGAAUUCGCACAAAAAGACAAAAUGUGGCUCCUUUUGAGCCCGUUUUAACAUGACUUCCCGGAUAAAUUAUUAUCCAGACAAUAUCUCAUUUUAAUCGCAAGGCUUAGAACCUUUAGAAUCAGCACCCAAAACUGUGAAAUUCCAACAAUUAAAAUUCGUUUCAUAAGUCCUUUAAUGACACAAAUAUGCGCUCUCACGCUAAAGAUUAGCCGCUAUUAGCUUAGCAUGAUGAAGUUUGUUUAUAGCAUUACGUUAGCUGUUUACUUCUGCCUUUCCCCUUUUAUUAUGCCUGAAAUAAGGUCAGUGGUUGACACGAGUUAAAGAGAUUUUUAUACUUGUUCUAUGACAUAAUAUGUCAGUUAAUACACCAGUAGUGAAUGUCUGAAGCUUUUCUGUUGUAGAAAACAAACAAACGUAAUUAAGGUGCAAAAGGGUUCACAUUUAGGCCAUGUUUACGCGGAAAUGAUCUGAACGGAAAAUGCAAAAGUGGCGUUUGCGUUCUCAAUUGUUAUUCCGUGUUUAGACGAGCGUUUUGGGGGUGAAAUCUGCGUGGAAUUCCAUGUUGUAUGCGAGCCAGGCCGCUAGGUGGUAGUGUGAAACACUGUCACACAACACCACCAAGUCCACGCGGUUCUACCAGUUCUCGUCCAAAGCCGUCUGGUUCGCCUCCGACGAGUCGGCGCAUCAACAAUUUGAUGGAGAUUAUUAAUGCGCUUCUCUGUUCAUUAAUACCAUCUGUAAAGAUUUGAUACAACGAGCGUUGUCGUGUAAAACAGGGCCUUAGCUUCCAUUAGCUUUUUACUUCUGACUCACUUAUGCUUCAAACAUCAUAAUAUCUCAGUGGAGGUUCUCCUGCUCAACAAAACGUGUAAAAAUCAUUACCGAGGGUUUGCCACAGAGCUUCUUUUCUGUUAUAUUCCAAAUUCAUUGCACCACUCUUUCACUGUCUCUGUUCCAGUAUGUUGUAGCAUUUAGCCUGCUCCUGUACGCAGAUAGUAUGGCAUCACUGCUGUUAUGUGGGACCACAGUGGCCGCUUUGCCAAAAGUACCUUUGCUUCAAAGUUACUGUGUCUAUAACUCAAAAACUGUUGUAAUUUUCUAAUUGCAAUCUUCUCAAUCAUAUGUAAUGUGUCUACCACCAUCAUUUGAAGAACUGUAAAACGACAACCCUACCCAUCACAUCCCAAACUAAACCAGUGUGUUCCACGUUAACUCUGAAUGUGAAGUCUGUUGUUACUGCAUUUCCAGACUUAACAAACCUUUCUGCAGUUAUUAUGGGAACCUAGAUUAUAUUUUCGAGAUGGGAAAAAAAGAGACUUCAUCUGUUCACACUUAGACAUGAACACACUCCAAGACACACAAUGUAUUUCUUUGUUUGUUUUGUAAAAGAUAAUUCUUAUAAGUUGGAGAAAUGAUAUUUUUAUAUUGUAAAAAUGUUUGCAUUGUGCAACAAAUUUCUCAACUAUAUGUUUUGGUAAUUUUUUACACCGCUGACACCAUGUUUAAAGAAAAGGAAUCGGGUCUUUUUUAAGACGGAUUAGUACUCUGCGAAGGAAGCAGCCAUGUUGUACAGGUUGUUUAUAUUUUGAUUUAAAAAAAAUAUUACCAAAACAUGUUCUUGCUUUGCAGCUAUCAGCAGAACUCAGGUCUUAAUAUGAGCUUCUUUUUCUUUACGUCUCACAAGUAGAGAUACAUGUUAUCCACCACGAGGACAACAUGUAUCGAUGUCCUCUUCAUGUUGUUUUAUUGAUGUAAUAUUUAGUCAUCAUUAUUCAUCGUGUCAGUUUAAAAGUUGCUUUUGUUGUUUGUAUUAUUUGGAAGAUAGUGUUUUUUUAGCUGAUCUCUGUGUGCUUAUAUGCAGAUUUUAGGUCAUUAACUCCUUUUAUUUACCUGUGGACUAAAAUGAUUUGUGAACUUAUUUUUCCGUGAGCUGAAUAAAAGUUGCUAAAGGUUA